AUGUCAUUGACUGCUUCAAAUAACAAUACAACACCACCAGUCAUAAGAAUUAUUACACCACCAUCCUCGCCAAUAAUAAUGGUGUCAGGUAAUGAAGAAUGGGAUAAUGUUGAUGAUUUUUCAGUAGAAUCUUUUCCCGGCGAAGAAUCUUCUAUCAACAACAAUAAUAAUACAACUUUCACGCCUAGUUCACCACCAGAGGAAAUAAACGGUGAAGAUAUUUCUACUGAUUUUGACUUUACAAAAAAUAAUAACAAUAAUUCAACCGACAUUUUACAAAAAAUGGGACAUUGGCUUUAUAAUACGCGACUCGUUCAAUAUAUGAAAUCUGAUGAAAGAUCAAGAGUGAAACAUAGCUAUACAACGAAUUCUAUAUGGAUGCUUGGAAUAGAGUAUUCAUUCACAGUAGAGGAUGGCGAGUUCGUUAAUCUUCCAAAACCUGACAGAGGUGAACAUGCAAGAGGUUCAUCGUCUUCAGAAAAUUUAAGAUCGUAA